UUUUCAUGCUCACACACUUUAGUCAGUUCAUCCGUACAAUAAUUUUGAUAUUGUUUUCAUGUUGUUUGAAAUCUUGUGGCUGUGUUUUCUCCAUGAACAAUGUUUUGUGGUUCUGGUUAACCGUCCACUGUAGUUUGAAUAGUAGUAAAUGUAAAGUGGAGGGGAGAAGUAAUAGGAGAAGUUAUGAUUCCAUAUACUUGUUUGCACAUGUUGCCUCCCUUUUCCAACGUUUAUGUUAAAACUAGAGGGGAUUAUUCAUGUUUCUGUCCACUUUAUCUUCUUAUGCUGGGAGGAGGGGGUGCAGCCCGAUCCGAUUCCUCCCAUGGUGCUGGAGGAUAUCAUGGAGUGGAGAGCUCCUGGGAAAACCAUUUCAAUAAAAGAACAUGUGAAGGAUGCCGCUGAUAUCUUGGUGGAUCUUCGCACCAAUUCUCGAAACAUCGGUUUCUUCCAAGAAAUCGGGAAGAGGAUUUGACUGCAUUUUAUUCUGUUUAAUUGUCGGGUCACUUUCAAUGCGUGACCUAUCUCACUUAUGUUGGGCAUCUUUUCUUGAUGUUUAGAGGAUGACAAUUCUAUAGAAUUGUACUCUUAUGGUUCUUUUUGCACUAACCAUCUCAUCUCUAGAAGUAAGGCAGAGUAGGCUUAUCUGAACAAAAGAAUCUUCCUUUGUCCAUCAUGAUAGCUAACUAAUUUUGGCAAAUGUUGAGAGAUUGAGUUUCCUGUUUGGCUGCGUAGCAUAUGCUAGUGCCUGCCUCAGUCUUCGUCUCUCUCCUCCCACAAUAAGGGGCAGAUGUUUGGUCCUAUUACUUUAUUCAUUGGAUUCCUAGGAAUUGCUCUUUUCGGUCAAGGAGGAAUGGAUUUGGACAUAUUAUCCAAAUGGUUAACUCCGUCAAUAAGUCCUUUUAACAUUCCAAUUCGAGCAUUUCUGUAGAUUGGUAUUAAGUUUGUGAUAACUGCAAUAUUUUUUCUGUUAGUAUAGUUUAUUUCGGAAUAUUUUAUAGCGUCACUUUUAUAUGGGCUAGUUUAUUCAUCUUUCCAGAAAUUUGAAUUAAUUAAUUCAAUUGUGAAAAUGGGUCCCAAGAGAAUAUCAUACUUUUCCCCAUUUUUGUAUUGACUCUUGGGAAAAGAAUCAUUCUUUGUCCUUCUCUGUUCUGACCAGUUUAGUCUGCACAGGUUCAGCUUGACCUUCCAUGCUUGCAUAACAAAUAAAUUGUAUCUCCAACAUUCGUCUUUGGAGAUUAGUCCGGCCCCUUGAGUCCUUGUCUAGUUUGGUGCAUGCUUGACGCCAAUUAAAUGGCAACAAUAUCAAAACUUUCCUUUUCUCAUCUGGAUGAACAUUUGUACCAAAGAUGUGAAAUUCUUGUUUUAGAGUCCAUAGCAGUAAAUUUUAUCCCCUUCUAUAUAUCAGCAAGUGAUUUUAUUGUUGAAGUAUAAAACAUAGGAUACAACGGUAACUAAAUACCAAAGCCUAUGGUCAAUGGAGGGGACUAAACAAUGGAUAAUGGACCAAAAAAUAGCCUAUCCACCCCAAACCUAACUCAUUGGCAGGAGAGUUAGCAUAUCUCAUCAUCCAAAAGAAUAAGAAUCCCCUCAAGCACAUAAACACGCAGCUUUUCAAAUAGGAGACAAAGUAUUGCCAUGCAGGGUAGUUAUCUGGCUUCCAAUUUUUGUAGAACGGACUGUUGGGUGGUCGUAGAGCUGCAUACAAGGAGAUUACAUUAUUGUGCAACCAUACAAGACACUGAUAGAUGCUGGAGCUAUGGUUUGUCUUAAGUGGAAGCAUGCUUUUGUUUUUCCCCCUUCCAUAGUUAUCAUUAUCUGCUGCAAACUUACUUGAUCGGGACAUCUUUUCAAAGAGUGACCCUAUUGCCAUAGUGUACGCAAAGAAAAGGGAUGGAACACUUGAGGAAAUUGGUCGUACGGAAGUAAUUAUGAACACACUUGACCCUGUUUGGAUCGAAAAAGUCCAUAUUGCUUAUCAGUUUGAGACUGUUCAACUCUUAGUGUUUCAUGUGUAUGAUGUUGACACCAAAUAUCACAAUUUACCCGUGAAGAUGCUGAGGUUGAAUGAGCAAGAAUUCCUUGGAGAAGCAAGUUGUGUUCUAUCAGAGAUAGUGACUAAACAGAGCAGGAGUUUGGUGCUUAAUCUUCAUAACAGAAAUGGGCAUAGAGGCGUGAAAAGAUUAGGGACACUUACUGUCCAUGCAGAGGAAACAAACGCUUCAAGGAAAGCUGUUGAGAUGAUACUCCGUUGUUCUCACUUGGAUAACAAGGAUUUCUUCUCCAAAAGUGACCCUUUCUUAAGAAUUUCUAGAAUUGUUGAGAGUGGCAGUGCUAUUCCAAUUUGCAAGACAGAAGUGGUUAAUGAUAACUUAAAUCCGAUUUGGAAGCCUCUACGGCUGACUAUGCAGCAAUUUGGAAGCAAAGAUAACCCAUUGGUUUUGGAGUGCUUUGAUUUCAAUGACAGUGGCAACCAUGUACUUAUUGGAAAAAUUCAAAAAUCAGUAGCUGACUUGGAGAAACUCUACAAGGAAAAAACUGGAGUGAACUUUCAUUUACCGUCUUCUUUUCGCAAUGGCCAUGAGAAGAUUCUGAAGGGCCAACUACUUGUGGAUGGAUUUUCUGAAAAAAUGAUGUACAGUUUUCUGGAUUACAUUUCUAGUGGAUUUGAGCUUAAUUUUAUGGUUGCUAUUGACUUCACAGCUUCAAAUGGAAAUCCUCGGCUCCCAGAAUCUUUGCACUACAUUGAUCCUGCAGGUCGAUUAAAUGCUUACCAGCAGGCUAUAUGGGAGGUUGGAGAUGUCAUCCAAUUUUAUGAUUCUGAUCGGCGUUUUCCUGCUUGGGGUUUUGGUGGACGGCUAAGUGAUGGUGUAGUCUCUCAUUGUUUUAAUUUAAAUGGAAAUGCUAGAGAUAGCGAGGUUGAAGGGGUUGAAGGAAUCAUGUCUGUCUAUGCAAACACACUACGCAAUGUUGUUCUUGCUGGGCCCACUUUAUUUGGACAAGUUAUAAACAAAGCUGCACAAAUUGCAAGCCAGUCUCUCUCCUAUAACCAGAGCAAGUACUUUGUUUUGCUCAUCAUUACGGAUGGAGUUCUUACUGAUCUUCAAGAAACUAAAGAUGCUCUGGUAAGGGCAUCUGAUUUACCAUUGUCCAUUCUUAUAGUUGGAGUGGGAGGUGCCGAUUUUAAAGAUAUGGAGAUCCUUGAUGCUGAUAAGGGAGUACGGUUAGAGAGUUCUACAGGACGGAUAGCCACACGUGACAUUGUACAGUUUGUUCCAAUGCGUGAGGUGCACGGUGGACAGAUUUCUACUGCCCAAGCUCUAUUGGAAGAACUGCCUGAGCAGUUUUUGACAUACAUGCGGUGCAGGGACAUCAAACCCCGUAUUGCCGAUGAAGCCCAAACUUCAAAUCAAGGAUAAAGUUGAUAAAUCAUCAUAUACUUGUGUAUAAAAAUUAGAAUAGAAGGCAAAAAAGUUUAGUGCAGAAUCGGUGGGUGGAUGGAUGCAUGCAUUUUGUGCUACCAUAGUACCAUGUGGAAGUAAUGUAGCAAUUCUGACCAUUGGAUAUAAGGAAUAAUCUAAAUUUGGUCAGAUUGAAUUUCAGCUUCAAAUUUAAAAGAUUAUAAUUUGUGGCCUUAA